AUGGCGCGAGUUACCAAGUUCUCAUUAUCAUUUUGUGGUGUCUUUUUCAGACUUGGAUCUACAUGUAACCAUGUUGCUGCCCUGAUCUUCAAGAUAGACCAUGCAUUUAUGACUGGAUGUUCCAAGCCGGUGGCUUGCACAUCAAAGGAAUGCACAUGGAAUGUGUAUAGUGGAGGGGCUGCCGCAGUGCUGGAGACUAAACCCAUCUGUGAGAUGGAAUGGAAGAAGCCAAAUUACCACAAAGGAGCAAAUAUAAGCCCCAUCAAUACUGUUGCGAAGAAGCUCUUCAACCCACUCCAGAACUCAACCAACGCACCGACAACCAAAGGACUCCUAGACGCCCUGUAUCCAUCAUGCCAGGAUUCUACAAUAUUCACGUACCUGUACCAUGACACACUCCCACCCCCAGCCUACCCCCCUGAAGCUGAUUUCAACCUGGGUACUGAGAUGGAAAUAGAAACAACAGUCGAGUCUGCCCCACUGCUAAGUUUGUCAGAAAUGGCUUCCGGGAAACACACCGUUCAGUCUUUUGUAGAAACCUUGCCAACGUACACCACGGAUCAGAUAGCCACAAUUGAAGAACAGACGAGAGGACAGGCUGACAACCCACAGUGGUCCGACUUCCGAGCCGGCAUGAUUACCGCCUCCAACUUGAAGUCAGUGGUCACGCGGAAUAACACACUCCACGAUGACAGCACAUCAAGGAGCAAAAACCCACAACCCAUCAUAAAAACAGUAAUGGGCUACGCACCACUAAACCCAAACCUCCCAAGUCUUAAGUACGGACGGCUGCUGGAACCUGUCGCAAGGAAAUCGUACACAGCCCUGCAGAGAGAAAAGGGGCAUCAGAAUCUAGAUGUCACUGAGUGCGGUCUCUUUGUGGACCCCCAAAAGAUCUUCUUGGGUGCUACACCUGAUGGUUUGGUGCAAUGUACAUGCUGUGGGGAAGGCCUAUUGGAAAUAAAAUGCCCACGUACAUCUGCUAUGGAACAGCCUAGUGCCAGCAACACAAACUUCUUGAAGCUCUCUGAAAAUGGGGACACACGACUCAAACAAAACCACGCGUUCUACUACCAAGUGCAGGCACAGAUGGGUGUUACCGGGAGACGCUGGUGCGACUUUUUUGUUUAUUCAAAGGCCGGUUACCACCUUGAGCGCAUACGCUUCAAUGAUGAUGUUUGGUCAAGAGCAGCUGUUGCAGCGGAACAAUUCUUCAACGAGCUUGUUGCCCCUGAACUUGUCUACAGAGAGAUAAGGAACAGUAACAAUUUAAAGACAUGGGAGUAAUAUGUUCAUGAUGGCGCUUUUGUCUGGGACAAAGCAAUGACAACUCAGGGAAAGUUCGUCAGUUGUUGCAAAUAGAUAACAGCACUUAGUUUCUGUGCUGAACACAAUAAAAAGCUC